CGGGACGGGAGCGAGGGGAGCGGCCCGCGGCCUCCCGCUCUCAGGGAGCGGCCGCUGCCCUGCGGGCACGCUGCGCCUGCUGCGCGUGCGUGGGCGCGGGAGCGUUGCGCAUGCGCGUUGCCGCCCCCCCCGCGCUCUUUUUCGCUGGGCGUGAGGGCGGACGGCGUGAAUUUGGGCCGCGGCGCAUGCGCAGAGAGCGCGUACGGCGGCCGAGUGGGGCCGUCCCGCGCUCGCCUUUUGUCCGGCGGGAGCCCAGCAGCGGCACGCGGAGGCGGAUCCAGCCCCUGGCAGCACCAUGGGCUCCAAGCAGAUCAGCCAGGAGACGUUCGAUGACGCGGUGCAGGAGAACAUCGCCGAGUUCGAGAUGGAGCCCGAGGAGGCCGUGAGGGAAGCGGUGCAGCAGUUCGAGUCCCAAGGUGUGGACCUGAGCAAUAUUGUGAAAGCUGUGCGACCUCCUGCCUCUGAGAACGGGCAGAGUCAAAAGCAUCAAAUCCUGCUGACCCUGGAGUGCCUGGGCAGAGCCGUGGCAGAGCGGGACGUGGCCCAGCUGCCCGAGCAGCUGUCGGCCUUGGCGGCGCAGUGCAAGGAGCAGCCGGCCUUGCGCUACGUGGCCGGCCAGAACGGCGCCUGCCCCGCCGUGCUCUCCGCCUGCCAGCUGGCCGCCCCGGACAGGGCUUUGCUGCUCCAAGCCUUCUCCACGCUGGCCACGCUGCUGGACGGGCAGCCAGACCUGCUGGACGCGGCGGGGCGGGAGCUGCUGCUGCGCUGCCUGCGGGAGCGGCGCGGGGACGCCGAGGUGACGCUGGCCGGGAUCCGCUGCGUGCGCCACGCCUGCCUCAAGCACGAGCACAACAGGCAGGGCUUCGUCAAGGGUGGCGUCCUCCCUCUCCUCACCGGGGCCAUCGCCCAGCACGGCAGCAGCGCUGAGGUGGUCAGGACGGCGGCCUCGGCCCUCAGGGUGAUGACCUUCGACGACGACAUCCGUGUGCCCUUCGGUCACGCCCACGACCACGCCAAGAUGAUUGUCUUGGAGAACGAUGGGCUGAGAGUCCUCAUCGAGGCUGCAAAAGCCUUCACGGAUAACUCCGGGGUUCUCAGUGAGCUCUGUGCCACCCUCUCCCGCCUCUCUGUCAGGAAUGAGUUCUGCCAGGAAAUCGUGGACCUUGGGGGCUUAAAUUUCAUGGUGGCUCUGCUGGCUGACUGCAUGGAGCACCCGGACGUGGUGAAGCAGGUGCUCAGCGCCAUCCGCGCCGUGGCCGGCAACGACGACGUCAAGGAUGCCAUCGUGGACGCCGGGGCCACCGACCUCAUCGUGCUGGCCAUCAGCCACCACCUGGGCAACCCUCAGAUCUGUGAGCAGGGCUGUGCAGCCCUGUGCAUGCUGGCCCUGCGCAAGCCCGAGAACUGCGGCGUCAUCAUGGAGAGCGGCGGGGCCUUGGCAGCUCUGCAGGCCAUGAAGGCUCACCCACGAGAGGUGGCUGUGCAGAAGCAGGCGUGCAUGCUGAUCCGGAACCUGGUGUCGCGCAGCCGGGACCUGUCGCGGCCCAUCCUGGAGAUGGGAGCGGAGCUGCUGAUCACGGAGGCGCGCGCCGCGCACCGGGACUGCGACGACGUGGCCAGGGCUGCCCUCAGGGACCUGGGCUGCAAGGUGGAGCUGCGGGAGCUCUGGACGGGCCAGAAGGGCGGCCUGGCUCAGUGAAGCCUCCUUUCUACCACGCGGGGAAGAUCCGAAGCGUCCGAGCCCCCGGAGUGUGGUGGGAAGCGGCGUGGAUGGUUCUGCCCGGCUGGAAUACCCGAAGCAAACGCCCGGCUCGGGAGGCUGCAGGGACCUUUUAUCUGGGGAGCUACAGCUGAAAUGGCUUUCUGCAUUCACAGGCUGCAAACCAACUGCGUGUAGUGAUCAUUCCCUGGAUCAUCUAACGGCUGAAGAUGAUCUGCUCGCCCCUGGCAUCCCUGGCGUGCAGCUCGGGGCUGCUGUCACUGCUCGGAUCCCGUGGUGACAGCAGGGCUGGCUCUGUCCUGCCCAGACUUUGGCUGCUGGUUCCCAUUUGUUGCUCCUGGGAGAGGAGGAAUCCCAGCGUUUGUGAACGUGCUGUCUCUGUCCCGUUGCCCUGUUCUUUUACUGCUGACCCCACUCUUGUGUCGCUGCUUUGUUUGGGAUUUUUCUGCCAGAAAAAAAAAAAAAAAAGAGCAAAGUGAGGAUUUGGGAUAAUAUCCAAAGGAGCAGUUGGCAUCCAGGAGGAAAGUUCAUGUUCUCCCUCAGUGAGAGGAGCAGGGCAGGGACUGGCAGCAGGGGUGGGAAUUCCAAAGUGUGACCAAACCAGGCGUUCCACGCUGCGGGAAGCACGGGGAGUCCCAGAAUCCCAGGCUUUGUCACCUCUUAGCCCUUCCCCGGAUCCAGGAAUGCUUUCAUUGUAGUCAACAGGCCAAGAACCUCAUGGGCUGAGGCAGAACUGUGCAUCUGUGGGCAGAGCAGGCCCCAGAAAGGCUCUGAAGUCUCAGCUCAAGGCUUUUGUGGCAGCCCUGCUCUGGUGCCGAGCCUUCCUCCCGCGCCGCUGGUUUUGUGAGUGGAUGUUCUUAAUGUGAUCUUCUCUGUAGAAAUGGUGACCUUAUAAAACCAUACCAAACCUUC